AUGCGGCCGAUUUUCAUUCCACCUGGUGGCAACGAGAAGACAAGUGUCGUCAUUUUAAUAAUGGCAGCUGACCCAUGCCAGCGCGACGUGACUCUCCGCAUUCUCUAUCAGCUUAGCACGGAGGAGAAGUACAGAGGCCAAAUUGCCUCAUCCGGAUGCCUUCCACUCCUGAUGCGAUCGAUUUUGGGCAGCGCAGAGGACGCCCCAAAUGUUGAAUGCCUAGGUCUCCUCAUCAAUUUGGCCUGUGAUCGAAGGGCAGCUCAAAGUGUUGGUGAACCACGGGGCAUCCGAAUGCUCUUUCGUCGUGCCUUCGCGACUCACGAUCCCCUGCUCAUGAAGUUGCUGAGGAACCUCUCCCACUUCGAGGAGUUGCGGGUGCAUUUCGGGGUAGGAAGAAGGUCGAUAGUAGGAUGGGGAAGUAGGAAAAAAGCGUUUUGUGCCAUGCAUUGA